CUUUUCUUAUUCAUUUAAAAGGCAGUGUACGGCCGGGAACAAGUGCGUAGUGUGCGUAGUGCGUUGGUAUCUUCAGUGCAUUUUUACAGUAACGAUGUCGGUAAAGGCUGUUUGUGUUCUCAAGGGCUCGGAGAAGACCACCGGAACCGUUUAUUUCACUCAAGCGGGCCCGAACCAGCCAGUCGUUGUCACGGGGGAAAUCACCGGCCUGGACCAAGGCCUUCACGGCUUCCACGUCCAUGAGUUUGGGGACAACACGAACGGUUGCACGAGUGCGGGUCCCCAUUUCAAUCCGUUGGGCAAAGAACAUGGUGCACCUACCGACACAAACAGGCAUGUCGGAGACCUGGGCAACGUGAUUGCUGGUGACGACGGUGUAGCCAAGGUUGCCAUCACUGAUUCCCAGAUCAGUCUUUCUGGACCGCACAGCAUUAUUGGACGGUCUGUCGUGAUUCACGCUGACCCAGACGACCUUGGAAAGGGAGGACACGAGCUGAGCAAGACCACUGGCAACGCUGGUGCCCGCCUUGCCUGUGGCGUAGUUGGUGUCACCAAGUAGCCAAGCCUCCUGCCGCACAUUCCACGACUUUCGUUGUUCUAUUUACGAUUCUACAAUGCCCCCGGGAACAAAUAAACGGGUUUUCUGUGUUUG